CUCCUGAAACUACUGAUCCAACUUCUCUCUCUCUUCUCUUCUCUUCUCUUCUCUACAAAUCGUUUAGCUAAAGGCUCAUCGUCUUUUAGUUCCGAUUCAAUGCCUCAAGUCGUUUCUUCAGUAUGCGCCGGUGGUUCCGACCGGAAAAUCUCAUGCGAAACUCUCGCCGACGAUAACGACAAAGACGACUCAACUCAUGACCCUAAGAUCCAACCCGUAUCAAUAUCCGCCGUCGAUUUCCCACCGGAGUCUUACUCCUUAUCGAAAGAAGAACAGCUGGAAUGGCUAAACGACAACGCCUUCUUCGAACGCAAAGCAUCACAGAAACGAAACUCGUCUGCUCCGACUCACAAUUCGAAUCCGAAUUCAAAUCCCAAUUCGAGCUCUCAGCGAAUCUCACUCAAAUCAAAGGCGUCGAUCAUCAGAUUACCGAAACCACAGAAGACUUGUUUCAACGAAGCGAAGAAACGUAGAAACUGCAGAAUCGCGAGGACUCUUAUGAUCCCUAAACGGAUCGGGUCGAGAUUGAAAUCGGAUCCUUCGUUAUCGGAACCGUCGUCUCCCAAGGUUUCUUGCAUCGGAAGGGUUAGAUCUAAACGCGACCGUAGCCGACGAAUGCAGAGACAAAAAUCCGGUCGAACCAAUUCUUUCAAGGAAAAACCGGUUCGGGUUAAGAAACCCGGCUUUUUCGCUAGCUUCAGAGCCAUCUUCAGAACCGGAGGCGGUUGCAAAGACGUAACAUCAUCGAGUGUAGCUCACGCGCCGCGGAAGGAUGCGGUAGCCACUCCGCCUAGGGUUUCGGCUAGGCGAUCGGCGGAUAUCAGAGGAAGGCUCCCGCCGGAAGAAUUUACACCGACGAGGCACAGUACCGGUUCGAGGAGAUCGUUAGACUGUGGUGACGAACCGGAAUUAUUAUCUGGUUUAGGUGGGAUGACACGGUUUACUUCGGGGAGAAGACCGGAUUUGUUGGUUGACGUGGCGUGACGUGCGGCGUUUACGGUGGGGAUGGUGCGGCGGGGCCCAAGAGCGUGUGUGUAUAUUUGAAAAGUCGUUGGUGAUGAUGACGUGGCGAGUGGUUUUAACAGAGUUAGGAACACGGCACAUAAUGAGAGCGCAAAACGCGGUUAAAAGAUCUCGCGUUUCAACAACUUUUCACCGUUUUGUUAUAUAAUAUAUAUAUAUAUGGUGCGUUUAUUUUCUUUUUUAAGACUUGUUUUAGGUUUUGUCAUUUUUACGUAGGUAUUGUUGUAUAUGUGCUUUUUUUUUUGUUAGAGUGCAAUAAGGAUACAAUGUAAAGAUAACUUUUGUUUUGUGAACAACACAGUCAAUAUAUGUUUUAGACAACUUACUAAAGCUUUUAUCACGAGGAGAUGAAGGAAGAUUUUGUUGUCAAAGUUUGAAUAAGU